UAAAUGGCUGUGAUCAUAAAGAAGAUUCUGUCGAUCAAGUACAUAUUUGCUUGCUCAGAAAAAUCAUGGAGAGUUUGCGGCACUGUGUAAACCUUGAAGUGCAUGUCGUAUGCAUUUAUCAUGCAGGCUACGCAAAAUUACAUUCCUAUUAAACGGAAGCAAUAUUUUCGUGGCCAAAGGUAGGCCUACGACGAAGCAGAGGGAAACAUGGCACUUUUAAAGGAGAUUUUUGGAGUUUGUUCCGUCCUGUUUAUCUUGCUCGAGGCACGAGCCACCGUUGGGUAUUCAAGGUCAACGUGCCCUGCAGUUCCGACUGUACACAACGAUUGCAAAAUAAUUUACAAUCGCUGCUCAUCAGACGAAGCUUGCUCAAAUGGACUGAAAUGUUGUCCAUCUUCUAGAGAUAAUGGCUGCUCUCUUCGGUGUAUUAAACCACGAGAACUCGAGGGCUGCCCCGAACCCUUAGACUUCGCUUUCGUGGUUGAUACUUCCGGCAGCAUCAGUAGACGGAACUUCGUAAGGCAGAGAGAGUUCAUCGAGCAGAUGAUCGAUGGUUUCGACAUAUCAGAAGAAGGAACCCAUGUUGCUAUAGUAGAAUACAGCAGUACAGCGUCUGUCGUGUUAAAAUUUAAUAGUUUCACCGGAGUCCAGCUGAAUGCAGUUAAUCUAAAACGACAAGCCCGUAAGCUUCCCCAUCAGCGUGGAUAUACCUACAUAGAUAAGGGUCUGCAUUUGACAAACACGGAGGUGUUUUCUGUAAAAGGUGGAAUGAGACCAAAUGUUACAAAGAUCGUUCUGGUAAUGACCGAUGGAAGACAGACGGUGGGGGAAGGAUUUCUUUCCUCCGACAUUCUCCAUGACGCUGUUCAACCUCUGAAAGACAAAGGCAUUCGUGUGAUUUCUCUGGGUAUUGGAACAGGUACCCUGCUGUUUGACCUUUUGACACUUGCUUCCACGGAUGAGGAUGUGUACUCAGCUGCAGAUUUUAAAGAGCUUAAAAAUUUGGUUACAGAGCUGACUGAAAGAAACUGUCCAGUUCAUGGAAAAUGGUCUGACUGGAGAGGCUGGGGUGACUGCACAGUACCAUGCGGUGGUGGCCAACAGACAAGAUAUCGGGAUUGUGACAAUCCUCGUCCGGCGUACGGAGGAAGGCAGUGUCCUGGUGCCAGCGACGAGACACGUCCAUGCAACGAGUUACCAUGCGCCGUUGAUGGGGGCUGGACCGAGUGGAAACCGUGGGAAAUAUGUCCAGUGACUUGUGGAGGAGGAAUACAGAAACGAUAUAGAACCUGCACAGAUCCCCCACCUUCUCAUGGCGGAAAAAAUUGCUCCGGGGAAGGCAUACUUACUCGUCCUUGCAACGAGGAGCCCUGUCCAGUUAAUGGAAACUGGACUCAGUGGGAAGACUGGAGACAAUGCAGUGUGUCGUGUGGUGGAGGAACACAGAGUCGUGGUCGGACCUGUACUAGUCCUCCGCCGCAAUUUGGUGGUCGAGACUGCACUGGCGAGAGUCAAAAUACGCGGUCUUGUAACGACCAACCGUGUCCAAUUGAUGGAAGGUGGACAAGAUGGAGUGAUUGGGAGGCUUGCUCUAAAUCGUGCGGUGAUGGUACUCAGUUGUCCCGUCGAUCAUGUACCAAUCCUUCCCCUGCGUUUGGAGGAGCUGACUGUGAGGGAGAUAACGUACGGUCAAGGCCGUGCAAAGAAAUGGAAUGUCCUGUUGAUGGAAAUUGGACCGAUUGGGGAUACUGGGAGGUCUGCAGUGUGACUUGUGGUGGAGGAGUGCAAAGCCGAACUCGGACUUGCACUAAUCCCUCGCCACAUUUUGGAGGCCGUGACUGUGUUGGAGAAAACGUCGAGGAGCGUUCAUGUAACGACAACCCAUGUCCAAUUGACGGUAGGUGGACAAGAUGGGGAGACUGGGAACAAUGUUCCAUGACAUGUGGUGGUGGAAUUCAAGCGUCCAGCCGAUCAUGCACUGCUCCUGCGCCUGAAUUUGGAGGAAAAGAUUGUGAAGGGGACAGCUGGCGUUCUCGAACCUGCAACGAAGAGGAGUGUCCUGUUGAUGGAAAGUGGGCCGAUUGGGGGGAUUGGGAGCUAUGCAGUGUCACGUGCGCUGGAGGAAAGCAGAACCGAUUCCGAACUUGCACCAAUCCACCGCCACGAUUUGGAGGCCGGGACUGCAGCGGAGUAGGACAGGACGUGCGUUCUUGCAAUGAAGACCCAUGUCCAAUCGACGGAAGGUGGACAAGGUGGGGAACAUGGGAACCAUGUCCAGUGUCAUGUGGUGGUGGUAUUCAGUUAUCUAAGCGGUCUUGUACCAAUCCUGCACCUGCAUUUGGAGGAGACGACUGCGAAGGGGAAAGCGUUCGCUUAAGAUCCUGCAACGAACGAGGAUGUCCUGCUGACGGAAACUGGUCAGAAUGGAGCGAGUUUACCCCUUGUACCCUUUCUUGUGCCGGUGGAAUACAAAAUCGCUCCAGAACAUGCACCAACCCACCACCGAAAAACGAUGGAAAAUACUGUGCAGGAGAGAGCAGUGAAGUGCGACUGUGCAAUACUCUGCCAUGUCCAGUCGACGGAGGAUGGUCACUGUUCGGAGAGUGGGGCUCAUGUUCUCUGACAUGUGGAAGUGGAGUUCAAGAUCGACAAAGAACUUGUACCAAUCCCUCUCCAGCCUUCGGUGGAAGACCUUGUGACGGUUCUAGUAUGGAGACCAGAUUUUGCCAGCAAUUUCCAUGUCCAGUAAAUGGCAGGUGGACUGGCUGGGACAGUUGGAGCCCCUGUACAGUCAGUUGUGGUGGUGGGCAACAGGAACGAUCCAGAUCAUGCACCAAUCCUCCUCCAGCACAUGGUGGCGCAGACUGCGAAGGACCCAGCAAAGAGGUUCAAUCCUGCAAUGAGAACCAUUGUCCGGUGGACGGUAAAUGGACAGUUUGGGGAAACUGGGGCAUUUGUUCUUUAACGUGUGGAGGUGGCGUGCAAGACCGUUCAAGAACUUGUACCAAUCCUCCACCGGCCUUUGGUGGAGCGCAGUGUGUUGGACCAAGUAGAAGCACGCGAUUAUGCAACGACAAUCCAUGUCCAGGGGACGGGAAAUGGUCUGCAUGGAAACCCUGGUCUCCUUGCAGUGUGUCAUGCUCAUUAGGAACUCAGAGUCGAUCCCGCACCUGUACCAAUCCUCCUCCAACUUUUGGUGGUAAAGACUGCGUGGGAAAGAGUGAUGAAACCAAGUCCUGUAACAAGGGACCUUGCCCGGUGAAUGGAAGGUGGGCAAGAUGGAACCCAUGGGGCUUAUGCCCAGUGAGAUGUGGGGGCGGAACUCAAGUACGUUCACGAUCCUGCACUAAUCCCCCACCCGCCUUUGGUGGAGCAAAUUGCAUCGGAGAUAGACGACAGGUCCAAUCAUGCAAUGAGCAACCGUGCGAAGUUCAUGGUAACUGGGCAAGAUGGCAAAGCUGGAGCAAAUGCAGUAAGAGCUGUGGUGGUGGAGAUCAGAGCCGAAUGCGAACCUGCACAAAUCCACCACCUCUUCAUGGUGGCAGGCAGUGUUCAGGAAGGAACAAGGAGACUCGCUUUUGCAACAGACGGCCGUGUCCAGUCGACGGCAACUGGGCUGACUGGAAACCAUGGAGCAGGUGUUCACGAUCAUGUGGAGGAGGAACACAGGUCCGUUUGCGUACUUGCACCAAUCCCCCACGUUCCAAUGGUGGAUCAUGGUGUAUUGGGAGCCAACAGGAAAGACAAUCCUGCAAUGAAGAUAAACUGUGCCCUGUUGAUGGUGGUUGGUCCUUCUGGAGUUACUGGGGACGAUGCUCAGUUUCCUGUGGAUCUGGAGUAAUGUAUCGAACCAGAACUUGUACCAGUCCCCCACCAGCGCACGGUGGAGUACGGUGUCGGGGAGAAAGCAGAGAAAUUUAUUACUGUGAGAGAUCAUCCUGCCCAGUUGAUGGUAAUUGGGCUCAGUGGGGUCGUUUUAGCCGAUGCUCAAGGAGGUGUUCAGGUGGAGUUAAGCGUCGUUACAGAUCUUGUUCUAAUCCGCGUCCGUCCAAUGGCGGUAAGCAGUGUCCUGGCGAAGCGGUGGAAGAAAUUCCUUGCAACACAAGACCUUGUUCAGUAAAUGGAAACUGGGGCCGAUGGGACAGCUGGAGUCCAUGCUCAAAAACUUGUGGAGGCCUGGGGCGGAGAAUAAGAAGAAGGCAAUGCAACAACCCCCCUCCCUCUAACGGAGGCAGAUAUUGUGUUGGAGACAGUACAUUAACGGCCUCAUGUGCCGCGUGGUUACCUUGUGAAGUGAGCUGCAACAUCCCUCUGGACUUUGCUAUCAUCGCCGACACAUCUGGCAGCAUUUCCAGAAAAAACUUUCAGCUUCUUCAAAAUUUCAUUCGUGGUCUGGUGGAUAGCUUUCAGGUGGAUGAAGAUUACACCCAUAUAGCUAUUAUAGAGUACAGCACCACUGCUUCUGUGCAGCUCCAUUUCAAUGACUUGUCUGGAAAAAAUCUGACCAGACAAAACGUAAAGGAAAAGGUUCAAAGCAUGCCCCAUAAACGAGGGUACACGUACAUCGACAGAGCAUUACGUAUGGCAGACCGAGACGUUUUCACAUACGCCGCUGGCAUGCGAUAUAACGUGGAUAAGGUGGCACUCGUAAUGACGGAUGGGGUGCAAACAGUUGAAAAGAACUCCAGGAAGUCAGACAUCGAGAUUCUUACCGAAGCUUCAAAGCCUCUUAAAGAAAAGGGCGUGCGCAUCAUUUCGCUUGGAAUUGGAAAGCGGGUCAAUAGGAAAAGUCUGGAGGCCAUUUCCUCAGGCAGAGACGUGUACUCUUCACGAACCUUCUCUGAACUCAAAACAUUAGUGAAGAAAUUAAAGAAAGGAACCUGCCAUGCGACAGCGGCAGGCUACAAAUACGUAAGACGUACAAGAUAGAUCUGACAUCACAGAUCAUUUAUCGCCUCGCAAUCCAUUCAGAGCCACUCUCUGCAGUAAAGUAACGAGCAAAGGGAAACAAAACAGACUAACAGUAUUAUGUUUGGGAGCUUCGGUGAACUGACAGGUUGUUCUUUUCCAGGCGUAAUAUUAUCAUCAAUGCAAGAGAUUAACAAUCCACUAAAUUGGUUUAUUAAAUUUGAUACCCACUGACCUGUCAUUGUUAACCGGUGGGGAGGGGAGAGGGAGGAUUUUAGGUGGGGGGAAUCACAUAGUAUUCAGUCAAGGGGAACAGCAGGAGAUCAAUCGUUGAAAGAGAGAGUUUAAAUGGGGCACAAUAGAAAAUUGACUGCCUUAGACGGGAAUCAUCCAAAUUCUACAAAUCCUUAUAGGGGGGACCAGGUAAAUUUUAUUGUGCAUCAACAAGAGCCCAUCACAAGUGAUAGGCUCCUGGCAUCAACCAAGCCCCACCCCCAACCCCCCCCCCUCCUUCCCACGGCGAUAGACAAUGAUUUUUCCCUCAUGGUGACAAUAAUGAUGAUGAUGAAAAAAAUAAUAAUAAUGAUAAUGAUAAUACCAAUAAUGUAGCCAAGCGUCAGCUAAUAAAUGCAAUAAAUUAUUGUCCAAAACUUCGGAAUUUUCAAAAUCAGUAAGUUCUAGAUUUAAAAAGGUCCCAGUGGAGUUAAUCGUUAACCGUAAAACGGCAGAAAAAAAUUAAAGGAAUAAAGAAACCCAAAUUAAAAUUUUAACCGUGGGUUAGCGCUAAUAAGCCUUCGAACAACUGGGCCCUGAAAGUUAACAGGCUAGUUAAAAUGUUUUUACAGGGUAUGUUUAGUUUAUAUUAGACUAGAAUAGAGCUUAAGAGGCAAUACCACGUAUUUCAUGUACAUCAUAUGUGGGGACAACGCUGAGUUAAAAGCCUUAGAACAAAUGAACGUGAACUGCAAAUUCUCUCAAGCGAAAGUGACGAAAUAAUGAAGAGUUUAUUCAUUGUCAGACUUAAGGUAAAGUGCUUUCCCGAAAUCGAUUGAUUUUUAUUGCUAUUUAGAAAGAAUGAUGAAAAAUUAAAUUGAUAUUAAAGUUAAGUAGCAACAGCAUCUUGAGCGGUCGGACUCCAAACAACAACCUUAUAGUUGACUAUGGACUCCGCUGUUCGAGGUUUAAAGCGAUGUGUCGGUAUGUCUUAGGUCGCUUUGAACGGUAAAUUUGGUUGUACACAGUUUAAAGGGAAGCAUGCGUGUGUUUCAAUAUGUUUGCUUUUAGAUUAAAAAUAAAUAAUAAAUACAGAGAAGGAAAUAAAACUACAGUUAUCCAA